GGCGGGCGUCAUGGGCGGCCUGGGCGGGCGUGCAGCGCUUCGCCGGCUGCUGUGCGGCCCGCGGGCCCCGGGCCUGCUCGUGCGCCGCAGCUCGGGAGGGCCCUCCUGGACCCGGGAGCGGACCCUGGUUGCGGUGAAGCCAGAUGGUGUGCAGCGGAGGCUCGUGGGGGAUGUGAUCCAGCGCUUUGAAAGGCGGGGCUUCAAGCUGGUGGGGAUGAAGAUGCUGCAGGCGCCAGAGAGCAUCCUUGCUGAACACUAUCAGGACUUGCAGAGGAAACCCUUCUACCCAUCCCUCAUCAGCUACAUGAGCUCCGGGCCGGUGGUGGCCAUGGUCUGGGAAGGGUACAACGUGGUCAGUGCUUCGAGGACCAUGAUAGGACAUACUGACUCGGCUGAGGCUGCCCCUGGGACCAUUCGGGGAGACUUCAGUGUCCACAUCAGCAGGAAUAUCAUCCAUGCCAGUGACUCUGUGGAGGGGGCCCAGAGAGAGAUCCAGCUGUGGUUCCAGAGCAGCGAGCUGGUGAACUGGGCAGAUGGGGGCCACCACAGCAGUGUCUACCCAGCCUGAAGGUCAAGCUGCCCUUGGCUGCCCCAGUGUGUACUCGGGACCAACUACCUCCAUCAACAAGAACUCAAGGCCACACCCACACCCGACUCUCCCAGACCACUUCCCUGUUCAUUUUCUGACCCAUUCCAGCCCAGAGGAGUGUGAGCCACCAACUUUAUGUGCCUUUCUGUAUCCUAAGCCAAUACAAGAUUGGACCAGAUGCUUUCUGUACCAAAGUGCCCAAAAGCAUUUGGGAUGUUUUAAAAAGUGGGUAGUGUGACCUCCCCUCCCCCAAAGGA